CCAGCUUUGUUGUACCAUAGCCUUUUCUCCUUCCUUUCCUCACACUUGCUUUUUUGUCUUCAUUUUAUUCCUAUUACCUUUACGUAAUAGUAUAUAGUUAUAUACCUCUUCAAACAUGCCGCCAAAUUAUAACCUAUUACCGCAGACACCAGCAGAGUCAAUAGAGCUUUUAGCUCCACCAGCAGAUCCGCACGUCGAUGUCGAAGAUCAGCAAAAGAAGCGCACGAGACGACACUCACGAACGAGCUCAGCAACGUCAUUUUUGCACUAUAGGGCACCACAACAAUUAGAAGAAAUAAAGAAAAGUGGCAAUAAAUUAGCGCAACAGGCACUACCUUCGCUGAUUAUCUGUGUGAUAGGUCUAGUAGUGGCAGGUUGGAUGAUGGAUAUAUAUCAACAUUGGGAUGUUUUUACGCAAGUAUCAGAACUGUUUAUUUUGGUUCCUGUUCUGCUAAAUUUGAAAGGAAACCUUGAGAUGAAUCUGGCAGCGAGAUUUUCAACAUCGGCCAAUAUGGGAGAGUUGGAUCAUCCAGCGACAAGGAAUGCACUUGUUUGGGGCAAUUUAGCGUUAAUACAAGUGCAAGGUCUCAUAUCAGGAUGUAUUGCGGGGCUUUUCUCUGUUGUUCUAGGAGCUAUCUUACAUCCUGAACAAGUUAUCACUUCUGGAGAAUCGAUACUAGUGAUUUCCAGUUCUAUGGUCUCUGCUUCUGUUUCCAGUUUUGUGUUGGGUGCUUUUAUGUGCAUUUUGAUUAUCAUCAGCCGUAUAUUGAAAAUCGAUCCAGAUAAUAUUGCAUGCCCUAUGGCGUCUUCGCUGGGCGAUGUAGUGACCUUGUAUAUUUUGGCAGAAUGUGCAAAAUUACUAUUACAAAAUAUAGAAUCCAAUCUCUGUACGAUGUCGCUGCUGGUCAUGUUCUUUUCAAUCCCAUUCUUCGGUCUGGCUGUGUGGAGAAAUAAAUACGUUAAGGAUUUAUUAUUAACCGGUUGGACACCUAUUAUUAUUGCCAUGUUGAUUUCCAGUGGCGCUGGCUUGGUUUUGGAGAGAUAUGUUGAAAAAUUUCAGGGCCUAGCUAUGUUAACACCAAUCUUGUGCGGUUUGGCAGGCAAUUUGGGAUCUAUCUAUGCUUCACGUAUCAGUACUUGUUUGCAUAGAGGAGUACAAGAAGCGUUCAAGAUUGUUGAAAAGACACUCUUGUUGAUGAAUGUUCUUAUUCAAGUUAUCUUUUUGAUCAUUAUUUGGUAUUUGGAUCUGGGGCAUCUUGAUUAUACCUUCAUGUUCUUUAUCAGUUAUUUCAUUGUUUCUAUGAUUUGCACAUACGUUGCUCUGAAAAUGGGCAAAAACAUGACAUUAACCUUUUGGAAAUUGAAAUACGAUCCUGAUAAUUACGUACUACCCUACUUAACUGCUAUCAUUGAUGUGAUUUGCACAAGUUUAUUGGUUCUUGCAUUUGCAUGGUUGACAUCUAAUGGUUUCGCCACCUUAAUAGAUACCCAUCAACACACCAACAACAUCAGCAUAGUGAAGAACAGCAAUGUUAAUAGUAAUUCUACAGUGAUAUCUGAGCACUAAACAAACAUUGUAAUUAGACACCCUUUAAGCUAUUUUUUUACUAUAUAUUCAGUCCACUGCAAAAGUUUCAAUUUGAGCUCAUCAUUCAUGUAAAAAAAAAAUAGAGAGCAACCUGUAUAUUACCCAAUACCAUUGCAUGCAACAAUCCAAACAAACACGCUAUUUAUCAUAACUUAAUUGCAUUUUUCUCACGAUAAAGAACACACACUGAUAAAACUUUGAAUUAAUUUUAUG